UAGUGAAGGGGAAUCCCAACCGAGAGCCACACGGCUCGUCAUUGCGCCAUGGAUGACUCGGGGAUUAUACGGCGACGGAGGCUGCAGGACUUGCCACUGCCUCGCAAAAACAGCAGUUGUCGUACAAGCAACAGGAAAAGUGUGAUCCUGACAACUACGUCUCCCACACUCCCUCGCCCACACUCCCCUCUGCCCCUCCACGGACACCUUGGUAGUACACCCACUGGACAGCCCGCGAACUUCUCUCCCAGCAACCCAGCGCACUUCUCCUUUGCCUCCUCAGAAGCGGAUGGACGGCGAUGGUCUUUAGCAUCUCUGCCCUCUUCUGGAUAUGGCACCAACACUCCCAGCUCCACGUCGUCCAGCUCUUCUCAGGAGCGACUGCACCAGCUGCCCUUCCAGCCCACCAUGGAUGAGCUCCACUUCUUAUCCAAGCACUUUGGCAGCACAGAGAGCAUCACAGAUGAUGAUGGGGGCCGCUGCUCUCCCCACAUGCGCCCUCGCUCCCGCAGCCUCAGCCCAGGACGCUCCUCCUCCUGCUAUGACAACGAGAUAGUCAUGAUGAACCAUGUGUACAAAGAACGCUUUCCAAAGGCCACAGCUCAGAUGGAGGGGAGGCUGGCCGAGUUCAUCCAGGCUUACUCGCCUGAAAAUGUUCUUCCGCUGGCUGAUGGAGUCCUCAGCUUCAUCCACCAUCAGUUAGCUGAGCUGGCCAGGGACUGCCUGGCCAAAGCCCGCGAGGGCCUCAUCACCUCCGUCUACUUCUUUGAGCUGCAGGAGAAUCUGGAAAAGCUGCUUCAUGAUGCGUUCGAGCGUUCAGAGAGCACUGAGGUCAUCUUCGUCACGGAGUUGGUGAAAAAGCUUCUCAUCAUCAUUGCCAGACCUGCGAGGCUUUUAGAGUGUCUGGAGUUCAACCCAGAGGAGUUUUACCAUCUGCUGGAGGCAGCUGAGGACCACGCCAAGGAGGGUCAUCUGAUGAAAACAGACAUCCCUCGUUACAUCAUCAGCCAGCUGGGACUGACUCGAGACCCAAUUGAAGACAUGGUCAACUUGGAAAGUUAUGACAGCGAGGGACCAGUGACGCCUGAAAACAGAUGACUCACAGAGGUGAGAUCCAAAGUAAUCCUCGGUCCUUAUGAAGCAAUGAAACCACCAGGAGAGGCCGACUUUAGACUCAUCAAGCUGAUUAGUAAUGGAGCAUAUGGUGCUGUUUACCUGGUGCGGCAUCUGGAGACACGGCAGCGAUUUGCCAUGAAGAAGAUUAACAAGCAAAACCUGACCCUGAGGAACCAAAUCCAGCAGGCCUUUGUGGAACGAGACAUUCUCACCUUUGCAGAGAAUCCCUUUGUCGUCUCCAUGUUCUGUUCCUUUGAAACGCGGCGGCACCUCUGCAUGGUCAUGGAGUACGUAGAAGGUGGGGACUGUGCUACUCUGCUGAAGAACAUCGGGGCUCUGCCUGUGGAAAUGGCACGCAUGUACUUUGCAGAGACAGUCCUAGCGCUGGAGUACUUACACAACUAUGGCAUUGUGCACCGUGACCUCAAACCUGACAACCUCCUCAUUACCUCAAUGGGCCACAUCAAGCUGACUGACUUUGGCCUGUCUAAGAUGGGUCUGAUGAGUCUGACCACCAACUUGUAUGAAGGACACAUAGAGAAGGAUACUCGGGAGUUUUUGGAUAAACAGGUGUGUGGAACCCCAGAGUAUAUCGCCCCAGAGGUUAUUCUUCGGCAGGGUUAUGGAAAGCCAGUGGACUGGUGGGCUAUGGGCAUCAUCCUGUACGAGUUCCUGGUGGGUUGCGUACCUUUCUUUGGAGACACGCCAGAGGAGCUGUUUGGACAGGUCAUUACAGAUGACAUAGUGUGGCCAGAAGGAGAUGAGGCACUUCCUGUUGAUGCCCAGCACCUGAUCUCCUCCCUUCUGCAGACAAAUCCGCUGAUUCGUCUGGGCACAGGUGGUGCUUUUGAAGUGAAGCAGCACUCAUUCUUCACUGAGGUGGACUGGAACAGCCUGCUGAGACAGAAGGCAGAGUUCAUCCCUCAUCUAGAGUCAGAAGAAGACACCAGUUAUUUCGACACCCGUUCUGAGCGCUACCACCACGUGCAAUCAUAUGAUGAAGAUGAUACUAAUGACGAUGAGCCUGUGGAGAUUCAUCGCUUCUCGUCGUGUUCCCCUCGCUUUAGUAAGGUGUACAGCAGUAUGGAGCAUCUGUCCCAGCUGGAGCAUAAACCUCAUGGCGUGACUCUAAGGGAACACAAGGUCCCCAGGGAGGAUCGAGUGGCCAAGAGAGAAAGCCUGGGAAGUGUCACCCUCCGAGAGAAGAGCUGGAGGACCGGCUCACCGGAGAUGAAACGCUUUUCCUGCUCAGAGUCGUCCUUCACUGAAAGUGACUCCAGCCCUCCGUCUGGGGCGCGAAGACGCUUCUCUGCCCUUAUGGAUACUUACCGCUUGGCCUCCCCUCUGGAGUUGGACUCUGAGCUGCCUGUCCCAGGCAGGCAACCUCCAGUAAAGACCAGGGGAACUUCUUUGGAAGGAGCCAUGGGUUCCAUUUCUUCUCAAAGUGAUCUGAAGACAUUCCUUAAAGAAUGUAAUGGUCUUGGAACUGGAGACAAACUGUUGAGACCUGCUGAUGCAUCAUUGCCUCUGCCGAGCAGUGCUACCAUUCCAGGGCUUCCAGAGCCGCAGGGGGCUCGCGGGGCAACCACAGACCUGGUGCUGCGGAGAGUUCGCCACCAGCACCUCUCAGAAGGAGAAAAGCGUAACUCAAGACCAGGAACCAAAGUUAUCAAAUCUGCCUCUGCCACUGCUCUGUCUGUCAUCAUUCCUGCAGUGGAACAACAUACUGCAUCCCCUCUGGCGAGCCCCAUGUCUCCUCGCUCCCUCUCGUCCAACCCUUCCUCUCGUGACUCAUCUCCCAGCCGAGACUACUCUCCGAUGGUCAACAUCCUGCAUUCUCCCAUCACCAUCCACCGCUCCGGGAAGAAGUACGGCUUCACCCUCCGAGCAAUCAGAGUCUACAUGGGAGACAGUGAUGUGUACAGCGUGCAUCACAUGGUCUGGCAUGUGGAAGAUGGAGGUCCUGCUCAGGAGGCUGGACUUAGUGCUGGUGACCUCAUCACUCACGUAAAUGGGGAGUCAGUCCAUGGUCUGGUCCAUACAGAAGUGGUGGAGCUGAUCCUGAAGAGUGGGAACAAGGUGACUAUUACAACCACUCCUUUUGAGAACACCUCCAUCAAAGUGGGUCCUGCCCGAAAGUCCAGCUAUAAAUGCAAGAUGGCCCGGCGCAGCAAGAGAACUGGAGCUAAGGAUGGUCAAGAUAAGAAGCGCAGCUCCCUGUUCAGGAAAAUCACCAAGCAGUCCAACCUGCUCCACACCAGCCGGAGUCUCUCCUCUUUAAAUCGCUCCCUGUCAUCUGGAGACAGUCUCCCGGGCUCCCCCACCCACGGCCUCUCCGCACGCUCGCCCACUCAGAGUUAUCGCACCGCUCUUGAAUCCCCGUACCUGGGCACCUCCUCCCAGAGCAGCUCCCCGGCAUCCAGCACCCCUAACUCACCUGCAGCCUCUCACCACAUGAGGCCCAGCUCCCUGCACGGCCUGUCUCCCAAACUCCACCGCCAGUACCGCUCUGCUCGCUGCAAAUCUGCCGGCAACAUCCCAUUGUCCCCCCUGGCUCACACCCCAUCCCCGACCACCUCCUCUCCGCCACCGCUCACUGGUCACACGGUAGGGAGCUCCAAUACAACGCAGAUGUUUCCUGCCAAGCUGCAUUCCUCACCUCCUGUUGCUCGCCCGCGUCCCAAGAGCGCAGAGCCACCCAGGUCCCCUUUGCUGCAGCGGGUGCAGUCUGCAGAGAAGUUAGGCGCACCAAUUCUACCUUCUUCCUCUUCGUCAUCAUCAUCGCCUUCUCCUCUGACAGGUGGGGUGUCAUUACGCAAACAUAGCCUGGAGGUGACACAUGGGGACUACAGGAGAGAGUCUUUCCACUGUGAGCACAGUCUACAAAGUCUGCUAGAGAUUGAAGGAGAGAACGGGCCUGCUCCCCCAUCUCCUUCAUCAUCAUCCUCCCCCUCUCCUCCUAUGGGAGGGGAAGUUGGAGGCCUAAAGCCUGUGAGAAGGCUGGGAAGGCAGGAGUCACCACUCAGCCGUGACACGCUCUUAACAGCGAGAGAAAAAGACACCCAAACCACAGAGCCUGAGACUGCUGGGUCACAAACUGAGAGUGCAGCUUCUAAAGCAAAGUCUAAGACAAGUGUUGUUGACACAAGAAAAACAUUACCUCCUGCUGAGGUUGCAAAGAGUGACAGGUGUGCAGCUGCAGUUGAAAUCAAGUCCAGUGCCUCAUCUUCAGAGACCAAGCCCAGUUCUGGGAACAAAGCUCCAGGUUCAAGCGCUUCAGGAUCUGAGGCAACAAUCUCCAAGAGUAAACUCAGUGAGAAAAUCUCAACUCCAGGCACAUCAAGGGGUCUACAAAAGCAAGACACUAAACAGCAAAGUGCACAAACAGACAGUGGACCUGCAGUAAAAGCUCAGGAGAAGAGUGAGGAGAAAGCCAAGGGCACUGCAGGUGAACACAAAGGGAACUUGCAGAAAGCAUCAUCCACAGAGCAGCCCAAACAGCGUAAAGGUACAGACACAAUUGAGAAAGGAGGCUUAAAUGGCAGCGAUAAAGCAAGUGACACAACCAAGAUCAAGGGACCUACACCUCCGGUUCCAAGUCAGGUUCAAACCUAUGCGGCAGCCAGAUGGAAAGAGGAGAAGCCAACAAGCAGGGGAAUCAAGGAGGAGAGGGCACACCUGGAAGUCCUGGAGGAGAUUCCCAUGCCACUGUCCUCACCCGGCUCAAGCAAAUCACGGCCCAUGUCUCCGGGGGAUAAAGCCAGCUUCGUUACCCAGCUCACAAGUGUGGCCAAAACGGUCCUCGGGCCUAUGAAGGGAGGAUCACAAGACGGGGGCAAGGUAAAAGACACAUCCAAGUCGAGCGAGGAGAAGCGGGGAAGCUCGGCGGGAAAAGCAGAGGCUUCAUCUGUCGGCGUCCGCCGGGGGGCUCAGACAGCAGCCAGUGCUGGCGCUAUCCAGUCUGAUAAAGGAAACAUUCGGAGCUCCAAGCAUCAUUCGUGAUAAAAGAGCUUUAGAAUGAGUGCGACUGUCCCAUGCAAUGCCUUUUAUUGUAGCAUCACACUGACAUAUCAUGAAUUUACUUGUCUGUAAAUGGAGAGAAACACUGAAAAAAAAGACCAAAAAGAUGGCACGUAGACUAAUGAGAACAAAGUUGCAUCAGCUAGCUACUGUUGGAAAACUUACUGUAGACCUGUGUAUGUACAGUGUUCAUCACAAUGUGUUGCAUAUAGUACAAACAAAUGCAUAUGUCUUAAUGCAUGUCUAAUACUGUACAUGGGAAAUGAAAAAAAAAUAUUUAAAAAGAAAAAAUAUAUACAUACAGCAGACCUUAAGGUAGAGAUCACUGUGAACAACCUUUCAACUGAACACAGCCUCCUGCAAACAUGUGCAAACAGGUAGGAUUCUGCUAUAAACGCAUGAGGUUCCACUUGCGCCAAAAUCAUGUUCACGUGUUCACUGUGUAUGUCGACUUGACAUGUGAGAAAACAUUUUUAACUGGUACAAAAAAACAUCCUUUGGAAUACAGAAUUGAAUUAAUAUUGUGAAUCAGCUCCACAGUAUGUUAAAGAUUACUUUCUCUAUUAUGGCUCCCAGGCUCUGGAGCAAUCUGCCAUCCCACAUACGGUCCCACCUAACAGGUGCCAAUUUUAAAUCACUUUUAAUACUUUUAGUCAAAUCUGAGGUGCUUCAUAGUUUUUGUUAAGUCUUCUGUGAACAUACAUUUUCUUACUGUUAUUUUUUUUUUGGCUACAGCAGCUUUAUUGACAGUUUAGAGUGACAGGAUAGCGGGAGGAGAGAUGGGGGGGUAAGACACGCAGUAAAGAGCUACAGGUCGGGACUCAAACCUGCGCUGCCUGCUUCUUGCCUCACAGCAUCCAUGGUCGCUCUACCACUGAGCCACCCCGGCACCCAAGUCUUUUGUUUUUAUUUGUAGAUUUUAUUAAUUUGCUUUUUACUCUGAGGUUUUCCUUUUGUUUUACUCAUAAGGUUUUUUUUUAAUUAAUUUUAACAUUUAUGCUUUGCUUUUAUUGUUGGUUAUGUUUUUGAGCACAGUUAGGUUGAUAUAUUUUUUGGACAGUAACAAAUUUUUUGUCAUUUUGUCUCUGUAGACCACCACAGUGGAUUUUUGCAGAAACUGUUGGGCUGCUUUUGCAGUAUGUUUUGGGUCAUUAUUUAUUUGCACUGUGAAGAGCUGUCUGAUCAGUUUUGCAGCUAUUGGCUGAAUCUGAGCAGAGAGAGUACAGACUUGUGCACUUCACACUUCAUCCUGCUGCUGCUAUCAGCAGUCACAUCAUCAGUAAACACCGGUGACCUCGUUCCACUGGCAGCCAUAAUCGUCCAUGCCAUAAUAGUCUCCUCCAUGUUUGACAGAUGAUAUGGUUUGCUUCAGAUCACGAGCUCUUUCUUCCUUCUCCAGACUUGUCACAAUAUUGUGGUACAAGUUCAUCUUGGAUUCAUCUGUCCAGAUGUUUUUUCAGAACUGUGCAGGCUCUUUAGAUGUUUUUCUGGCAAAGUUUAAUCCGACCAUCCUGUUCUUGAGUGUAACCAGCACUUUGCACCUCUGCAUUUCCACUCAUAUUCGUAGGCUUUGACAACCUUCACAAGGGCGUCCUUAACUUGUCAAGUAGUUUUUCUUAACCAAGGACAAAAAUGCAAUCAUCCACUUUAAUUGUGAUUGAAAAUAUCUCACUGUCCAAAAACUUAUGGACCUAACUGUAUGUUGGUUUCUGUGUUUUACAUUUCCGUUUUCAGAGACUUGGAUUGUUGAUACAUUUGCCUCGUGCGGAAAGCAAUUUAGGUCACAUCCUGUUGUUUUAAAUGUGCUAUAUAACAUAACCUGACAUGUUCAGGAAGGCAGACAGUGAGCAUGUGAAUAUAAUUUUGGCACACAUUUAACCUCAUGUAAAUGGGCAUUACAUUUUCAAUCAGCCCCACCAUUUAGUUCAGCAUGGCACAGACUGUAUUUCUUCGUGUUCAGUUACUUAAAGGGAUCAGGCACAGAAGGGUUAUUCAUGUGUCAUGCACUGGGGGGCAAACAUUAGUAAACUCUGGACCAAGACACCAAAUUGCUUGCAGUGAUUGAACUAGAGUGGGCAUCAGCUGAUUUGUUCCAGAUGUGUAUAAGGGCUGGAUUUCAGUGGGACUGUGAGAGGCUGCACAGGGACACUAUGCAAUGUGUUAAUGAUGCCACUUUUGUGUGUGUGUGUGUGUCCACGAUAUUAAGUUUACAUUGUGCUCUAGAUUACAAAAAAUAAAAUAAAAUAAUAAAAAGGGGAAAGGGUUGCAAUAAGCCAAGCAUUUUGUUAAAAUAGCUGUCUCUGCUGGUCAUAGUGAAAUGUGCAAUUACAUAUUUUAGCCUAUUAAGUGAAUAUAUAAGUGUGCUCCGUGUGUGGCAGGGAGAGAAAGUGGGGACAGAAGCAUAAUGAAAGUAGCACUUACAGGAGAGGUUGAUGUUUCACUCACUCUUUUUUUUUUUAUUUAUGAGGAAGUACAGUUUAUAGUAUAAUGUUAGGUGUGAAGGAAAGUGCCAGUGUCUUUAUUUAGGAAUAAUGUGAUGUUUUUGUUGAGGUUUUUUUUUCUUUUGUAUUUAAAUGUGUAACAAUAUGCAAUCCAAAGUGCCCAGUUCAAUGAAACUGAGCAUCCUCGUCAGUGAAACAGUAGUAGGCUAUACACAGGAGUAGAUCUCAAAAGCAUUUUAGUGUUGAGGUAAUGUUUACUGUUGUGUGUUAACGUGAUCUUGAUAGUUUUGGGACUCCAGGCCCCAGACUUGUUUUAGACUGCCACCUUGUGGAUGAACUAACAUGACAGCAGAAGACCUGAGGUACACAAAAAAACUAGUGAACAUUUAGGGAGCAGUCUGCUAUCUUCUGCCUGUGGAUCUUUCUAGCCCUCAUAGUUCUAAUUGAUUGAUUGAUUGAUUGAGAACAAUUUUAGAUCAGGUCCAGAUGCAAUGUUUAAAGACCCUAUCUUUAGACAUUAAACAGUAGUGGUUUGUGUGUGAUGUAAGAAAAAUGCACUUUAUGUUGUGUCAAAUGUUUAUUUAUUUUGUCUCAUAUAUAUAUAUUUAAUUUUUUUCUAUUUGCUGUAUUUAUUAAACAUAUUUACUUACAAAUCUGAUUUACUACUAACAUUAGUUAAUGUAAUUUUGAAGUUGAUUCAUUUUAGUCCAAGAAAUCUACCAAAUCUAUGUGGCUACCCCAUUCUGUGCAGUUUGGAACAGUCUUUCCAUAAGUCGGAAGUUGUGAUGUUCCUGUCACAUCGAUUUUUGUCCAAGUGUUAGGCUUGUUUACAACAACUUUGCUUUCUCAGACUGUUGUUCAUUACAUUGUUACAUAACUAAUGGCCACUGUCGUGAAAAAAAAAGCAAAAAAAAAAAAAAAAA